AUGGGAAUCCUCUUCAAGGAAGACAAAUCUCCGACCAAGAGACCUGUGGUAGUGGUCGUCGUCCCAAGAUGGGUUAAGGCCCUGUUUUUCCUAAUCACCAUGCUCAUCUCUCUCCUCCUGUUCUCCGCCCCCGUCCUGCUUGUCAUCGCCGACGCGCUACUCCCCUCCGCCUUCAUGUCCGCCGCGCUCCGGCCGGCGGCGGCGCCGCCGCUAGGCCUGCGCGCAAUUUCCGACCAGCUCAGCAGCUACGACUUCCGGAGCUCGCUCGUCGAUAUCCCCAUCGUCUCUGUGAUCCGCUCCGCGAUCAUACUGUGUGUUUACAGCUUUUGCGACGGGCCGAGGUUGUCGAACGGGCCGUACCUGGGCGUCGCCACCGCGUGCUCGGCGGCGUCGCUGGUGUUCGUGUCGCUGAAAGCUUCGUACGUGUUCGUGAGCGGCGGCGGUUAUUGGGAAUCGACCGGGUACGUGAGGGCGAUGGUGGCGGCGAUGUUUGUAUCGUCGCUGGGGCUGGCGGUUGGGCACGUGGUGGUGGCCUACCGGACUAGCUGUAGAGAGAGGAGAAAGCUUCUCGUCUACAAAAUUGAUAUUGAAGCUGUUUCAGCAUGCAAGAAUGGAUUUCCUAGAUACCAAAAAAUACUCCAAGAAGCCAGAAAAAAGUGA